AUGAUGGCUAGGGAAAAAGUACAGAUCAAAAAAAUUGACAAUGCUACAGCAAGAAGGGUAACUUUCUCCAAGAGGAGAAGAGGGUUAUUCAAGAAAGCUGAAGAGCUUUCUGUACUUUGUGAUGCUGAUGUUGCUGUCAUCCUCUUCUCCUCUAAUGAUAAGCUCUUUCAAUAUUCAAGCUCAAGCAGCAUGGAUGAAGUAAUUGAAAGGCGUAGCUUGCACUCAAAAAAUCUUGAGAAGUUAAACCAACCAUCCCUUGAGUUGCAGCUGGUUGAAGACACCAACUAUGCCAACUUAAGCAAAGAAGUUGCCGAGAGAACCCUUCAGUUAAGGCAGUUGAGAGGGGAGGAGCUUCAGGGUUUAAGUAUCGAAGAGCUGCACCAGCUUGAGAAAUCACUUGAAGCUGGAUUGAGCCGUGUUGUAGCCAAAAAGGGUGAGGUAAUUAUGAAUGAGAUUAAUCAUCUUCAAGAGAAGGAAGUGAAACUCAUGGAGGAGAACAACAAACUAAGACAAGAACUUUUGAAGAUAUCUAAUGCUUGGAAGCUAACUGCUGGUUGUUCUGGUGAUGAUGGGGACUCAUCAGAAUCGACUAAUAUCAGCAACACUACUGGUCCUCCACAAGAUUAUGAGAGCUCUGGUACUUCCCUCAAGUUAGGGUUGCCUUACUCUGGCUGACGAAAGCUCAUAGGAUUUCUAGUUAUAUAAACUAUAUUAUAACUUAUAAGUAUCAAGUAUAUGUAAAUGGCAUUUAUAACAAUGGUCUCUUUGCCUCUCGCAUAAGCUUUGGGAUUAUGCUUCUUGGAUCUACACACUCACCAUGUCCAUUAAUCCUUUCUACAAAAUUAGAAAAUGUGGUUGCAAAGGUAUAAAAUUCAACUGUAACCAUAGCCAUAUUAUGGAUGGUUCACUAACACUGUUGUGACAUCCCGUAAUGUGUAUUUUGUAUGAUUGAUAUGUUAGAUAUUUGCAUUUUUAGUUUUUCUUUUCUCCA